CGGAAACGCUUAUAGUAGGUUGCAGCUGGCUACAAUAGUGGUUUAAUUUAAUAGAAUAUACGGUCUUUAUUGAUAUAAGGUGAUAGAUUGUGUGCUGGUUGAGGAUAUUAGAUCGCAAGAGUGUUGUGUUUUUACUACGUCGCGGAAGGAUCUAAUUUUCUCAAGCGAGGGUCGACACAUCCGCCCAGUUUUCCGAUGUUUCAUUCCCCCCGAGUUGAAAAUGGAGUUCGAUUAAAGCAGAUGUCCAGCAACUUCUGAAGGGAAAUUCAAGGCUAUUCGCUUUUACUUUACGUACCUGGGUUCGUAUCGAAAACAUUUGGAGCCUUUCUCGGCUUUGGAUGCCUUUACUGCAGAUUACUCGGACACGUUGACGGAGCAACGCUCCACAGCGCUUUUUCAAGUGUUGUUCAGGACCUGAAGUUGGCGAAUGGAUGCUCGACAGACAGACAUAAAUAAUCUGCCAAACGCUACAGUGUAUAGCAUUUUCCACGGUUUUUGAGGAUCUAUUUCCAUUUUUGCAAAAGGAGGAUUCGGGUUUGACGAGGAGGAUGAUGCUGAUGGCCCAUUUGUUGUGGUCGGAUUUUACUUCCAGGGAGGAUAAAAUGAAUCAACGAUUGUCAUUCCUCCUCGCGAUUUAACGUUAGUUCAAGCCAGCAGAGCUAACGUUAAGCUAGCUUCACUUGGUUUUCACAGGGACGCUUAGGUAGUUAGGCAUGCCCCAUUGCAACAUCGCUUACUUACUUAUCCGAAAUCGUGGGGGUAAUUCCUAUAUGUGAGGGAAAAAUGGUGAUAUUUGUGGUAUUUUAUCCCGCCGUCACUGCGUCGUCGAUGCUAUUGCUAGGAUUUGGAUCCCCGUGAGGAAAAAAAUGAGUGAAGAUUCAACAAAUCCAAACAACGAUGACAGUUAUGCGCGCGUGAGAGCAGUGGUCAUGACUCGGGAUGACUCCAGCGGUGGGUGGCUUCCCCUGGGGGGCGGAGGCCUUAGCUGUGUCACCGUCUAUAAGGUCAGCCGGGCGGAGGACAGCGGCAGCACCCACAGCGGAGGCAGCGGAGGAAGCAGCACCAACCUCAGCCCCUGUAGCUCCAGUCCUAGUCCAAGCCCUAGUCCCAGUCCGAGCCCCACUUCGGUGGAGUUCCAUAUUAAGGGAGAGCGGCUCAAAGACAAACUGGUGGUGCUGGAGUGUGUCCUGCAGAAAAACCUUGUAUACAACAAGGUCAACCCCAUCUUCCACCACUGGCGGAUCAACGACAAGAAGUUCGGGCUGACUUUUCAAAGCCCAGCUGACGCCCGAGCUUUUGACCGGGGAAUUCGUCGAGCUAUCGAGGACAUCAACCAGAGUUGUCGGUCGUUUGGGGAAGGGGAUACACCUGAGGAUGGACUACCGGUGUGUGAUGAGCCCCCCUCCAUCUGUACGCCCGUGAAAGAGCCCUUCUCUCCGAACAACGUUGUCUCCUCCGAGCCAUUCAGGAGCUGCUACGUCACCGCGCAACCCUUUGACGAGUUCCCCAGGAGUAACCGUCGCUACCUGCCUCCCCAGGUGGCCUUCAAACCGUCUCGUCAUGUCAGCUUCCACAUGGACGACGAGGAGAUCGUUCGCAUCAACCCACGCAAAGACGUGCUCAUCCGAGGCUACGAGGACUACCGCCACCCUGUCAUGUGGAAACAGGAGGCCGACCGCGAGGACAUGGACUUUCCCUCCACUUUCCACAAACUGGACAGUAAGAAGUGUGAGUACCUCUUCCCUGACGGCCCCGGUGGGGACUCCCACUCCGGCCCGGGUAUGGGCAUUGGAACAGGAAUGGGGCUCGGUUUGGGCAAGGACACAGCCAUCAAGACCCAACCGUCACCUGUGCUGAAAUCUAAGAAAGGCCGACGGAGGCGAGAGGACGGCGAGCGUUCGCGCUGCAUCUACUGUCGGGAGAUGUUCAACCAUGAAGACAACUGGCGGGGGCAGUGCCAAGACGCCCCCGACCCCAUCAAGCAGUGCAUCUACAAAGUCAGCUGCAUGCUGUGCGCCGAGAGCAUGCUGUACCACUGCAUGUCCGACUCCGAGGGCGACUUUUCGGACCCCUGCUCGUGCGACACAGCUGAUGAGCAGUUCUGCCUGCGCUGGCUGGCCCUGGUGGCACUCUCGUUCAUCGCGCCCUGUAUGUGCUGCUACCUGCCUCUGCGCGCCUGCCAUCACUGUGGCGAGGCCUGCCGCUGCUGUGGUGGCAAGCACAAAGCCGCGGGGUGACCCGAUGCCAGACUCUGGGACACCCUCACAGCUAGCUAACACGGAAAGUGGAUACAAGCGGAAAAUUAAAAAGCCGGCAUCCUUUUUUCAUUCCCUCUCAGACGGGGCGAUAAUGUUGUUGAUCCCCAGCUCUGAGGGCUUUUGGAGAUUUCAGUUCGUGUUUGUCGCCGACAAGCAGCGGUGGAGGACAAACCAUAUGCUUUGUGGGGGCUCUGAGCAACAAGCUACAAGUUUAGGAGCUUAAUCUGAGGAGAAGAAGAGGAGUCAAGAUUAAUAGACUUGGAGAUGUUACUAAACACACCUGUACACACAUACACACACCUCUCUUUCACAUUCACACUCAUGCAUUGACAAAGCCAGGCCACAAAUGUCCGAACUCUACAAGUCACGUGUAACUUUAUGAAGGAAAAUUGUCUUUUGUACAGAGAGCGACAACUUAAUGACAAAACAAAACUAUUCUGCGUUCAGAGAAAUACUUGCUGUUUGAGUAUGCUUAAAGGGAUUUGUUCUUGCUUUUUUGUGAAUUUGCAGUUGGGUAACAGUGGCCUUUCCUUCAUGGCUUUAGCAUUUGCUGACUAUGUAAUUACUAGACAGAGAAAAGUGCACUAGAAAUGGUAUCCCCCCCCUGGAGUAAGGUCACCCUCUCAAAUUCUCGUGGUGCAUUAGCCACCACAUUUAGCUAACAUUGAGACAUGUUUCUACGGUGGAUAUAUGGCCAAUUCCUCAUUUGUUUUCCUUUCCAUCAAACAUUAAAGAAUCACAAAGUAACAGCAUAUUUUUAAAAUCAUCACCUUGCCUUCCUGAGGUGAUUUCAACCAUUUGAUUGCAUUCCAAAGCAAAGGGAAUGAUUCCAUGAUUAGAAGGGAAAAAUGUAACUUUAUCAUACUGAGUUCCCCCAAAUUAGUUUCCCCACAUCACGAAAACUGCAUUAGACCAUUGAAAUUAAACCACAGUGACUACAUUUACCCCCAGUUUUAGUUCAGUUCUUUACUGCUGUAGUGAAAUUGGUGUUUUUGUUUGUUCAUUGUUAUUUUCCUGCUCAUUUUUUUAUAAUUAUUUUUGAAACAAAGGCUGAAAUGUUGCUCAACCAGCAAGUUUUGUUUUGGUGAGUGAAGGGGUUACGGUGCUCCUUGGUUAAAUGACGAGGCACUUAAAUUAGGUUUUAUUUGUAUUGAGAAUCCCUCAGAUUUAAAGUCGGUGUGUACAUAAAUUUGUCUUAAUUUAACAUCUGAUUUGGCGUGGGGGAAAACCCCUCCUGAAAGCACUGCUCUCCAAGCUUUGGUUGCAGCACCCUCUCCAAAUUUCUGUUCGUCCCACGAAUCAGUUCUUUUGUAUGUUGUAUUUCUCAUCAUAUGUUGUGUAAAUGUAAUUUUUUGUUGCCUAAAAUGUCCACUCCUUCCUUGUGUCUUGGCCCUGAAUGAAUGAAUGAAUGCAUCGUCAGGAAAGCUGUGUCUUAGCUUUUUGAACCAUACACAUGUUUUGUGUGUGCAUAGGUCUUACUAUGCAUUGUUUUUUUGAUGUUCUCCAUGACUACAUGAUUAAGGGGUCACCUCGUAGCAAUGUGGCUGUCCUGUUUACCAAAACAUGAACAAAGAGGAGAUUGACAUUAUGUGAGAUUCACUAACAGACUAUUUAUCAAAGUGUUUGGAAAUUAUUGAUAUGUCUAAAAUAUUUUUCUUUUAAAUGUGAAGUAGACAGAACUGCUGCUUAGCUUAGCUACACUUUAACAAACUGAUAACAGAGGGAAACAGCUAACCUAGUAACACUCUCCAGUCACCUUUAGAGCACUUUCAAUACUGUUUUAUCUCCUUUGUUUUCUUCUUAUAAAAGCCAAAUUACAAAAAUGUGUGAAAUUUAUCCUGGGUUUAGUGCAGUGAUUUCCUUUCAUGGGGUCACCAUGUACACAUACUGUAAGAUCAGAAAUUGAAAUUGUGCCUAAUUAUAAGACAGUCUGUUUUGUGGGGGCUUUCCAGAGGGAAAAGAUUGUCUUUGGCAGUGUAUUAUUACAGACACAUGUUAUUUUACCGUAAAUUCAGUUAAAGAUACAGUAAGUGGAAUUUCUGCACUGGAAUAUCUGUAAAUUUAAAGAUGUGACUAUUCCAUUGUUGUAUUUUUUAACUGAGUUCUUACAGUAUCAUAAGUAUUUGAUAAAAAUAUUUAAAACAGAGAAAUUCUUAAUUGUUUAAUCAUAAUGGGAGGGGUCUUUUUAUGGCCGCAGGUUGCUAGUUCGAUCACCCAAACUCACCUCUUUAGCAUGGAUCCCAAACACUCACUAUUUCCAGCGAGUUAAGACCAGCACUGCCCACCGCCAUGGCCUCCUUCCCAACACCAUGUUUUGUUUUGAAUUGAGGACUCUGUUCAAUAAAAUGAUCACCUCAUAAGGCAUAUUUUCUGAUCGGAAAACUAAUGUUUUGUUUACAUUCAUAAAUUUCUCAUAAUGAUGGUGAAAUUCACUGAAAAAGGCACUCCCUCGUCGUGCUGGAAGCGGCCCCAGAAUACGCACUGGAAGUGACACUAGAGUGCAUUCUGGAUAGAUUCCAGCAUGACCAGGAAGUGCCUUUUUCAGUGCAAUUUCUCCCUCGUUAUGAGAAAUGUAUGAAUGAAAACAUAUUGUCAGUUUUCUGUUUAGUAAAUACACUUUAUGAGGUGAUAUUUAUAUUUAACAGAGUCCUCAAUUUUACACUGGAGCUGGGCAGCGCUGGUCUGUACUCAUCAUACUGUGUUAUUGUUUUUGCAGGGAGCUCCUGGUGGCGGAAUUUUACAUACCGUUCGUUAAAUUGUCAGUAAAAUAAAUUCAACAUACACUUACUUAUAAUGGAGCUACCCCUGCUGUAAUAGUCAGUACAUUUACAUGCAUAGUGAAGUAUCUAUGGUCAUAGUUUGAUAUUUUAACUGAACUGCUGUACUUGUCCCAGCAGAAGAAUCCAUUUAUUAUGGCAGCAUGUCCAUCUCUGCUACGGUAAAUGGUGAUAUGUCACAUUUCAGUGAGUUACUCUGGAUCUGCUUCCUGUUGGACUUACUAACAAAUGAAAACAUGAACAAACUGUACAGCUCCUUACAUUUGUCCCAAAUGAAAAAAGCACUAUCUCUCCACUGUAGAGGUGUUAGUCAGACUUCAAGAUUUGGUUCAGCAUGUAUAUACAUGUAUGUAAAAGUCCAGUUUUGUUGGACUAACAACAAUUCAGUGUGUUCUAACUGCAUGUAAAUGUGCUGAUCUUACUGCUUAGGGGGUUGAGGCUAGAUUAUUGUGUCAUCUUCUCAGCAAAUUACCAUAAUAAUAUAAAACACCUCUUUGUAUUUCAUACUAUUGUAUUGGCUGCACCAGUGUUUAAGACAACCUCCUUUGUAGAUGGAAAAAAGAUAGCAUUUUACAACAAAUUUGACUGAACUCCUGGACAAAUUACUUCAAAUUAAGCCACAACUCAUAGCUUUUGCUCUUGGUACAAAUGAAAGAAUUUCAUUGUAUAAAAAGUUUCUGUUAACAGGUUUCAUAGAUGGACUUACUUUACUUACUUUAGGAAAAUCCCAGGCUAAUAGUUUCGCUUUGCUUUUCAGCUCCACAUUUAGCAUAAAGGUGUAAAAAAUGGACUCAAUCUUCUCUCCCAACAUGUCAAACUCCUCCUUUAAGAUCUUUUGGUGAACAGGAUGGUCUGUGUGCACGAGUCUGACUGUGUCCCGCUCAAAAGAGCAUCCUAACAAACUUUUAAUUGAGAACAAACUCCCACUAAACCAGAACAACCCCUUACUAAGUUAAUGGCACGUUUUGAAUCUAGUCCUAAUCAAUAUUCACCCCAGCAGAUUUGGUACCAUCUGCUAAUGGAUAUGCAACUCAUCUCACCUCCUGGCACUCCUGGUUUUAAAACGACACAGUGACACAAACUCCACUCCGACCAACGCUCCCUUUACUUUCUAUGCAAACUUUCUAACGUGGGAAAAACACGCUGACCUCUCUGCAGACGGAGUCAGCGACGAGACGGGACACUUUGACGACAGACCCCUGGUACCAAACUCCAAAACACUUGUAAAUACUUAACACUAUAUUUAAGUUCUGAUAAUAAUCCCAGCUUUUUUGUCUUUGAAAUUUUAAAGAUAGAGCUGUAUUUAUCGUUGCUGUCAGCAUAUACUAUACUGUAGCUUCAAUUGACAGCAUUAUGUACAUAGGUCACCUUUUAGUAUUAUUUCACAUUGAAAAGUAGAGGGCGUUCGCGAUGGAAAUGACUAUUGAGCAUCUAAUAGAGUCUCUCUCUAGUUUUGUACGGUAGAAGGAAGGAUAGUGCUAACACGGUACAGUAGUGGCAGUCCACUUGUUUCAAAAGUUUGAUUUAUAUAAAUAUAUAUACAUACAUAUAAAGCUGCUAGAUACAAUCACUAAUUUUAUUGUGUUGACAGAAAAAUGAGCUAUGAACGACUGUUAAACCCUAAUUCUCCAACAGCAUAUAACCAUGACGGCGAGUUUUUUAAUGUUUGAUUGAUGAAGAGCGUGUCUGUGUGUGCAGCGUUUAUGAUACGUGUGUUUUUGUAUGCGUGCGGGGUUGGUGUGUAACCAAAUGUUUGGUUGCUUCUCAUAUUCUCCCAUUGUAAUUGGAUUAUUCUGCAUUAUUGCAAGCUGAACCAAGGUUUGAUGAACCUGAUUAAAACUUGCUGGCUGAGAAGCAAAACUCGUAGGACGUGCAUUUAUACAAAGUGUAGAGAAUGCUGAAAUAACACUUCUCAUUCUGCAUUAACCAGCACAGUGCAACUUCCUGUCAUGUACUGUAUUAUAUAUGCAACAUGUGUCUGUCUGCUUUAAUAUAUAUAUUUUUUUGACCUGCAUUAUAUAAGACUUCAGUUUUAACCACUUUGCUGCUAGUCUUUUAUCCUCUUUCAAUCUUGGAAAAUUGUGCAUAUCUUUGGGAAUGCAUACAAGUGUACAUUCUUGACAUUGUGUAGAUUUAAAAAAAGAAAAAAAGCUAUAUAAACCUGUUUCUCUUCAGUGUAUUGUUUUAAAAAAGGUUACUUUUCACAGCAGUUGAGUGGUUAUGUUCCAAUUCUCCGAUGCUUUGGUGCACUGAUGAUACUAUAUGUAAGCUUUUUUUCAUCUUACAGCGCUUGAUGUAACAUUUAUGUGAUUAGUUCUAAAUAGUGGAAGACAUUUGUGUUUUGAAACUUGCAGUAUAAAUGGUACUACUCUUAACUAUUCUGUAAACACUGCCUGUUUUCUUUUUUCUUUCACUUUCUCUUUGUGCAUAUUUCUUUCCUCUGCAUCUUUUUCUUUCUUAGUGCCAUCAGCUUUCACAUCCUGACAACCUCAAAAAAGUGCCUCACGUCCAUCCUAGUUUUCCGUUUUUUUAAUUUAACGUUCUCUCGUUCUGGUUCUAUUGGUUUCUACACGUCUAGGUAUUUUCCUCUCAUGGUUUGAGAAUACCAAGUAUAUGAUGUAAAAUUUAUAGUCCCAAUAACUCAUGUCAUAGUUGUAUUUUCUUUAUACAGAUGUAGCUCGUUACUUUUCAUAAAUAUAUAAUGUAAAUAUGCAUACAUAUGUUUGUAACUGUUUUUAUGUUACAUCAUACACUUGUAAUUUGACAUAUCAAAUAACAUUAUCAUAAUAAA